AUGUAUUUGUUUCUUCUGAAACAGCUGGCCAAAGAACUGCUCAACCCUUCCUUUGAUUUCGAGAGAAGACAGCACAAGAAGAAGAGACUUGUGCAAAGUCCCAACUCUUACUUCAUGGAUGUGAAAUGUCCAGGUUGUUAUAAGAUCACAGCAGUGUUUAGUCAUGCACAGACAGUAGUGCUGUGUGUUGGGUGUUCAACUGUGCUGUGCCAGCCCACAGGAGGGAAAGCCAGGCUCACUGAGGGUGGUUCUUUCAGAAGAAAGCAACACUGA